AGAAGAGGAACAGGUCUGGGAAGAGAGUGUUUUGGGGAAAUGGACAGACCUGGAUUGUGCAAGACAAGGUUGAGAAAACGGCUUCACCAAGGAGACAUCUUAAAAUAGGCCCCACCUCUUGACCUGCGCCCCUACCAUUUCCAGGGCCAAUUGGCCCGGGAGCCAUCAUGUCCUGAGACUACCGAGCCUGUCUGAGGUAGGACAGACCUGCCUCCCCACCUCCUGGGAAGGACCAUCCCCACCUCUGCCCCUUGAAGAGGCCCCUGGUCACCCCUAUGAACCCCAAAGGUUCACCAGCGACAGUGCCUUUGGGAAGACCACCCUCUCUGUGCCCCUGGACGGAGAGGAAAGGCUCAGUCUCAGCUGCACAGGGUCCCCCACUCUCCAUGCUCUGAGCUCUGAGCUCUCCUUGUCCACUGUCAGACCUCUGUGUGAGCCUCACCGUGGAGCUGACUUUCAGAAGCAGAAAGAGGAAAAAGUGAAGUCCUCAGAGGGUUGGUGAGCAGGGAACCCACAGGAGAGAGGACUCAGCCUUGGACGGGACCCCACAACCAAGAUGGGACCUUUGAAGGCAUCUGAGGUCGUAGAAGAGCUGGGGGCCCACAGGGUCAGCGCUCCCGUGGGUGCCUGCAGCUACAUGUUGGGGGUCAGAACACCUCUGUGGUCACCACCAAGGCCCGAGAGGAUGAAAGAUGUGGCCUUCAGCCCAGCACUGUCAUUCUUGACUACAAGGAAGUGACAUAUGGCAGAGGGUGGGGACACCACCAAGGAGGAAACGUCCCAGCGGCUCUGCUGUGCGGAGACGUGUGGCCGUCAGAGGAGCAGCCAUGUGCUCUGAGAAGGGGCAGCAGCCUCUCUGAGGUCACGGGGCCUGUCCUGUCAUUGGGGUUGAGAGCAGAAGCCCAGGGCACUAAAGGCCGGGGGUCUGCAGCAGCCUCUAUAGCUCCUGACCCUAAGCUUCCUGCACCCUGACCAUCAAGCAUCAGACUCAAAACUGGGCUGGACACAGAAGCAGAGAUGCCCAGAAAAGCGGAAGAGGGCACAGGCCAAUCGAACCCUCUUUGAGGACGCUUGACCGUGUCCACCCAUAGGACCUGGCGCUGCUGCAGGCUGUGUCUGUGCAGAGACAUGACCCCGAGGAGUGGAGCCACGUGGCUGCCUUCAGCUCUGCUCCUUCUCCAGGUCCCAGGUUGUUUGUCUCUGAGCGGCCCCGAGCACGUGACGGGCACCGUGGGGGGAUCGCUGAGCGUGCAGUGUCGGUACGAGAAGGAGUUCAAGGAAAAUAACAAAUACUGGUGCAAAAGCCCAUGUUUGGCAUCGCUGAGGACGAAGAUUGUGGAGACCACGAAGUCAGAGAGAGAAGUGAGGAGUGGCCGUGUGUCCAUCAGGGACCAUCCAGCAACCCUCACCUUCACAGUGACCUUGGAGAGCCUCACAGAGGGCGAUGGAGGCACAUACAGGUGUGGGAUCCAUAGACCAUGGACAGAAGGACUGAUAGACCUCACCUUCCAGGUUGAGGUGGCUGUUGUGUCCCCAGCCCCCACCCUGAAGAUCGUCACAAGCACCCUGGGCCCUCCAAGCACCCUGGGUCCUCCCUCCUCACUGCCAGUGACCACUGGGUCCAGCAUGACCAGUCAGGAGAUGCCUGAUGCCAGCCAACACCCUCGGUCCCUGCUCAGCAGUGUCCACUUCCUGCUCCUCAUAUUCCUGAAGGUGCCCCUGUUCCUGAGCAUGCUCAGUGCUGUCCUCUGGGUGAACAGGCCUCAGCGGGCCACUUGUGAGGAAACACAGUUUGGCUAAGACAACCUGCCACCGUCCCCGCCCAUCCAUGUCCUGUCCAGAGACACAGCCACUCGGGCUACAGAAGACAGAGCCUCCACCCUGAGCCUUACAUCCCUUUUCAGCCUAUCGCCAGAGACUAAAAAAAAUAAUUUAAUGAGUAUAGCACUUACACAAACGUGUGUAUAUGAACAGUUGAAGGACUGAAAAUAAACAUCUGUGUACCCGC